AUGGCAGAGACCACCAAGCGCCCUCGCUCCAGCUCCAACUCCCCCGAACCCGAAGCCAAGCGACUCGACAAGAAGGACGAGACCGCUCCUUCCAACGCUAACGUCAAGACCGAGGACCCUGAAUCCAAGAAGCCGAAGAUUGAGCAGCAGGGCGACGCUGACAACACCUCCGAGACCGCAGCCAAGCCCAAGAUGUCUUCGCCCGAAGUAGAGAUGAACCCUCGCACCGAGGAGAAGGAUGCCGUCGACCUCGGCCCCUCGGACGCUCCCGCCGACGUCGCUGGCUCCUCCGGCGAUAACAAGAUGGACGAGUCCGGUGCCGGCACCAACGGCAACGGCGCCGACAACGGCGCCGAGGGCUCGGGCUCCGUCGACGGCCAGGACGCCCAGGCCAGCCAGAUCUCGAUGAGGGCGCUCAUCAUCACCGCCGACGCCAGCAUCAUCAUUGGCAAGCAGGGCAAGCACAUCAACGAGAUCCGCGACAAGAGCGGUGCUCGUCUCAACAUUAGCGAGAGCAUCCCGGGCAACCCCGAGCGCAUCCUCACUGUUUCCGGUCCCCUCGAUGCCGUCAGCAAGUCGUUUGGUCUCAUCGUCCGCCGCAUCAACGACGAGCCCUUUGACGCGCCGUCGGUGCCCGGCUCGCGCGCCGUCACGAUCCGCUUCAUCGUCCCCAACUCGAGAAUGGGAUCCGUGAUCGGCAAGCAGGGCAGCAAGAUCAAGGAGAUCCAGGAGGCUUCCGGCGCCCGGCUGACGGCCGGCGAGGCCAUGCUGCCCGGCAGCACCGAGCGCGUCCUCAGCAUCUCUGGUGUCGCCGACGCCGUCCACAUCGCCGUCUACUACGUCGGCACCAUCUUGCUCGAGCACCAGGACCGAAACGCCAACAACCUCGCCUACAGGCCAUCAGCGGGGCCCGCACGUGGCGGCAUGUCGCCCCAGCAGGGCUACGCCGCCGGCGGUGCGCCUGCAGGCCAGUUUGGCGGUUACACCGCUGGCGCCGUUGGAGGCGCUGCGCCGUACGCGGCCGCGUCGCCUCAGCUCCCGCCCGGCUCGCAGACGCAGCAGAUUUUCAUCCCCAAUGACCUGGUCGGCUGCAUCAUUGGCAAGGGCGGCUCGAAGAUCAACGAGAUCCGCAGCAUGAGCGCCAGUCAUAUCAAGAUCAUGGAGCCCGGCGCCGGUAUUGCCGCCGGCGGCAGCGGCUCGGAGCGCCUCGUCACCAUCACCGGCCCUCCUCCGAACAUCCAGAUGGCCGUGGGCCUCCUCUACCAGCGGCUCGAGCAGGAGAAGAUGCGACUGGCCCAGGGCGGUGCGCCUUGA